GUAAACAAAGUUGAAAGUCGUUUACGUUCCUCCCCAAACGAUUUAGCUUUGACGCAAGUCUUUGGAAUUUAAAAGAACCAAUUAUCGUGUACAUUGAACUGUUAUGUGUACAUUCUACAUUGUUUCUUUGUGAGGAAAGUCAUGGCAUUGGUGUGCAAAGAAAGAUUGCCAUGGUACCACCGGUUGUAUUCGUCAAUCCUGAAAGUAGGACCUAUACCAAAACAUCUGGCAUUUAUUAUGGAUGGAAAUCGGAGAUACGCAGUUAAAAAACAUGUUGAAAGAAUAGAGGGACAUUCACAGGGCUUUGACAAGCUUGCAGAGGUCCUACAGUGGUGUCAGGAGCUUGGUGUAGAAGAAGUAACUGUAUAUGCUUUUAGUGCUGAAAAUUUUAAACGUUCAAAGGAAGAAGUAGACAGCUUGAUGGAACUGGCAAGGACCAAGUUCGAGAGGAUUCUUAAGGAGAAAGAUAAGCUCGAGGAGCUUGGAGUAAGGUUAUGCGUAGUGGGAGAACUUGACAUGUUACCUGACAGUUUACAAACACUUGCAAAGCAACUGAUUACCACGACUAAGAACAACUAUAAGUGUAAAUUAAACGUAUGUGCAGCGUAUACAUCACGCUUAGAAAUGACACAAGCUGUAAGAGACAUUAAAUGGGGCGUUGACGAAGGUUUGAUUUAUGUAAGUGACAUCAGUGAGAGACUAAUGGAUAAAACUUUACAAAUACCCAAAGUUGAUUUGUUGAUUCGGACGUCAGGUGAGGUUCGUCUCAGUGAUUUUCUUCUCUGGCAAAGUUCGCUUUCCUACCUCUCUUUUCUAAGACACCUGUGGCCAGAAAUGACAAUAUGGGACUUCUAUGGUGCUAUUCUUCUGUAUCAACAGUCAUACAAGUACAAGAAACAAGAAGAAGAAGAGCACGAGGAAGAGCUGCGUAAAGAGGAGUUAAUGAUGGUCUCCAAUGAGAAUAAUCAAGAGGAAGCACUUAAGAUGAGGAAAAAUCGCAUCAACAACUUUAUCAUAAAACUUAAUGAAAAAAGACUUGCUAAUUGUAUGACUGAUUCCUAGCGUUGUUCCCAUUUAAAAAUAUACCUAUACCUGAAUAACAUUU